AUGGGGGCUUCCCAGUCCGUCGCGGACCACCGCUUCAAGCGCGUCGCCAGCAACGAGGAGAGGGCCCGGUGCGGGAUGUGCUCGCUGGACGUCGAGGCCGGGGAGGUAGCCUACCGCUGCCGCGACGUGGGCUGCACCUUCGUCCUCCACGACGCCUGCUACCGCCGCCCCAGGGAGACGAAGCACUUCGCGCACUCGUGCUCCGGCCGCCCCCUCACGCUCUCCGACAAGCACCCGGUAGCGCCGGGCCGCCGGUGCGACAUCUGCGCCGCGCCCUUCAACGCCGGCGCCUUCGUCUACGGCUGCAGACGGUGCAACGGCUUCUACGUGCACCCGCGUUGCUGCGGCCUCCCGAAGACGGUGCGCAACACUCUUCACACGCAGCACGCGCUCACGCUGCUCGCUCCGCCGCUGGCCGGAGCGGGUGGCCGCCGCCGCACGUGCCUCAACACCAAAGGAAACUGCAACAACGCCAGGGCCAGGCGCAACAACAACAACAACGCCGCCGCCUGGUCGUACCGGUGCGACCUGUGCACAGUCGAGCUCUGCCUCAGGUGCCAACUGCCCAACGGCGGCGGCGGCCCCGCCGUGCGCCAGCACGGUUGCUGCGGCGGCCCACGCCCUCGAAACCAUGGCGGUGGUGGGGCAGCAGCUGGCAACUAUGACGGGAACCUCACUCCGCGCGUUUGGCUGCGCAUGCAUUGGAACUCCAAUGGCGCCGCCCGCGCCGCCGCCGGCGGCCUCCUAAUCAUCAUCAUAUCUCGGCGUCGCAGAUUUUACCUUCACCUAAUGUCCAUUCAGAAAAUAUGCCUCGUACUAUUUAAUUUGUCAAUGGGAGAGGGUAAUUAUUAUCACAACCAAUUGUUAUUGUGCCCAAGAUUAUGAUGCUUCUGCUUCUGCUGCUGCUGCGAACCAAUCAACUUAUUAGGUGGUGGUUACCAGAGAGGUGGCUGUACCAUGCCC